GUGCCUCGUCACCAGACAUGGAGUCCAGCUACGGGGGAGGCCUGCUGGACAUGGUGAAGGGAGGAGCAGGGAGGCUCUUCAGCAACCUGAAGGACAACCUGAAGGACACCCUGAAGGACACCUCCUCCAAGGUCAUGCAGUCUGUGGCCAGUUACACCAAGGGAGAGCUGGACAUUUCCUACAUUACCUCAAGGAUCAUAGUGAUGUCUUUUCCUGCUGAGGGCGUGGAGCUGGGAUUCAGGAACCACAUUGAGGACGUCAGGACCUUCCUGGACUCCAGGCACCCCGACCACUACACCGUGUUCAACUUGUCACCCAAAUAUUAUCGCAGUGCCAAGUUCCACAACAGGGUGUCUGAGUGCAGCUGGCCUGUCCGGCAGGCGCCCAGCCUGCACAACCUCUACGCUGUCUGCAAGAACAUGCACAACUGGCUGCAGCAGAACCCCAAAAACGUCUGUGUCAUCCACUGCAUGGACGGCCGUGCAGCCUCAGCAGUUCUGGUCAGCGCAAUGUUCUGUUUCUGUCACCUCUUCUCUCAUCCUGGCCCUGCUGUGCAGCUGCUGAACACAAAGAGACCUGGGAUUGUCCUGUGGCCAUCUCACAGGAGGUACAUGACCAACACACAAAUAUUCCAAAUUCAAUUUCACACUGGAUUCAUAGCCCUGGGAACAACCACUCUCAAAUUCACCAAGCCUGAGCUGGAUGCCUGUGACUCUCCAGACAAAUAUCCUCAGCUUUUUCAUGUUAUACUGGACAUAGAAAUACAGUCUGCAGACAGACAAACUGAAUUAACUCCCCCAUGGGAGAACUUCACAACAAAAGACAUCAAUCCCUCCAUUCUCUUCUCCUCCCACCAGGAGCACCAGGACACUCUUGCUUUGGCAGGCAGAGGUGCCACGGAUUCCCCCCAGGACAACAUCAGGAACGUUGGGCAGAGUGCAUUCUUCUCCUCUCUCAGCUGGCAAGAUCAGAAAUCUGACAAAAGUAGCUCUCACCCCACCUCAGAGGAUCGAGCAGCGUUGGUGCAUGAGGAAAGCGAACAGUCAGAUGACGAACUCUUGUCCCUUUCCAGUCAGCACAGUAAUGCCAGCGGCGACAAGCCCCACGGGACACCCAAACACAGCAAAAAGCAGCAGGAGCCUCCAGCAGCACCUCCCCCUGAAGACGUGGACCUGCUGGGCCUGGAUGGCAGCCCCAUGAGCAAGAGCUUUCCCCCGCAGCCCAGCGCUGCCCCCUCUAACUCUGACCUGCUGAAUGAUCUGUUUGGGGUCGGGGGGCCGAGCUCGCAGAGCCCUGCUGCAGCUGCUGCUGAGGAGGUUUUCCCCGUGGGGGCACCUGGAUCUGUGCAGUCGACCCCGCGGCGCUCGGCAGCCUCAGCGUCGCCGUCCCCGUCCCCCAGGGUAGGAGAAGCCACUGCCUUUGAUCCUUUUGGAAGCAGCCCCAAGCAAACUGGUCCAGACCUCCUGGGCUCCUUCCUUGGCUCAUCAGCUGUCCCUGGGGAUCCUUUCCUCCAAGCCACAAGGAGCCCUUCACCAACGGUGCACAGCGAUCCCUUUCACAUGGCUUCAGGCACUCCAACAGUUUCCAUCCAACCAGAUGUUUCCAGUGGUUGGGACUGGCCCAACAAAGCAGGUGGUUUAGGAAUGGGAAGUAAGUCUGCUGCCACCAGUCCUACAGGAUCCCUCCACAGCACUCCCACUCAUCAGGCUAAACCCCAAACACUGGAUCCAUUUGCUGAUCUGGGAAGUCUUGGAGCGAGUUUAGCAGGCUACGGCUGGCAGGGGGCACAGGCCAAGGGCCAGCCCAGCGUGCCCCACGCCUCCCCCCAGAACAAACCCAACUACAACGUCAGCUUCUCGGCCACGGGGGCGCAGGGCGAGCGCGGGAAAGGAGCUGCUAAUGUCGAUUCCAAGCCAAAGGUGUCUGCAGAUUUUGAAGAUUUAUUAUCUGGUCAAGGCUUUAAUGCUCACAAGGACAAGAAGGGUCCCAAAACAAUAGCUGAGAUGAGAAAAGAAGAAAUGGCAAAGGAGAUGGACCCUGAGAAACUAAAAGUCCUGGAGUGGAUUGAAGGCAAGGAGAGGAACAUCAGGGCUCUGCUGUCCACCAUGCACACGGUGCUGUGGGCAGGGGAGACCAAGUGGAAGCCUGUGAGUAUGGCAGACCUGGUGACCCCAGAGCAGGUGAAGAAGGUGUACAGGCGGGCUGUGCUCGUCGUUCACCCCGACAAGGCUACUGGGCAGCCAUAUGAACAAUAUGCAAAGAUGAUAUUUAUGGAGCUGAACGAUGCCUGGUCAGAAUUUGAAAACCAAGGACAAAAACCCUUGUAUUAGGUACUUUGUCAGCCUCCACUCCAGACCCGUGCUAGUGCUUAUUUAGUCUCUUGUCACAAAUGUCACAGAUCAACCAAACUCUGGCUGGAAAUUCACAAGUUUCAGAAAACUAAGAGCCUAAUACUUAUCAUGAAGAACAUGAGAAAGGUUUCCUAACACUUGUCUCCAGAAUCCUGAGCUCAGAGGAAC